AUGGAAGAUCCUGUUAACUUGAACUUCGGAGAGUCUGUGUUGUUCAAUAAUGCAGAUCAAGCUACUACAGAUUUAGGAGAAACCAAUAAUAAUGAUAUGGAUUUCCAAAGUUCUUUAUUAUUUGGUGGUGUACAACCUCAACCUGAAUCAGAACAGGUAAAUGACUUGAUUGAAGUGGAAUAUGGUCAAAUACAACCGAAGAAAGUUAAACUUUUCGAUGGAAAAGUGAUAAAUUUGAAACCCAAAGUUCGAAAAUCCAUCAAUGCUGACGAAAUCAAAUCUUCAGAAGAGAUGGAUUUGAUUGAUAUGGAUAACUUAUUCCGUAUAGCUAAAGAGAAACAAGCAUUUAAAGAUAAUCAGGAACAACUUAGCGAACAACAAACCAAACCAAAGAAAAAAUUCAAGACCAGCCAAGUCUGGACGGAAAAAUACAGACCUAAAAGAUUUCUUCAAUUAUGUUCAGCAGGGAACGAUAGACAAUAUAGAAUGAUAUCACAUUGGUUGCAAAGAUGGUCAGGAGUUGUCUUCAAUACUGAAUAUGAAUAUAACCAACUUAAUCAACAUCAGAACCCUCAUAAUAUUCAAAAUAAUGUUGAUCAAUUAGGAAGGCCCUACAGAAAGAUUCUACUCGUUAGUGGACCGCCAGGAAUCGGGAAAACUACCACUGUACAUUUGAUUGCCAAACAGUUGGGCUAUAAUGUUGAAGAAUUGAAUGCAGCCAAUAGUAUGGAUGUUCUCCCAUCUACUGUCAACACAGGGGACAAUAGAUAUGGAAAUGUCAAUGCUGCUUUGAAAUUGAAAAUACAAAAUGCUUUGACAUCGAACUCCAUUCAAGCGCAAGGAAACAAAAUUAUCAGUAAUGGGAAACCAACUUGUUUGGUUAUCGACGAAAUUGAUACUGCAGGAAAUCUGAGUGAUAUCAUUCGAGUUUUGAACGAAUUGAUACAGAGCGAUCAAAGAGCAUUGAACAAAAGGGGACAACCAUCAGGUAAGAAAAGCAAAGAUAAUUUAUUGAAUAGACCAAUCAUAUGUAUAGCCAAUGAUGCCUUUUCCACGAAUUCCAGAACCUGGGGAGGUUUCAACAUGGAUAAAUUGAGAUCGAUAUCAGAAUUAAUAUCAUUUCAAAAACCGGCUUUUAUAAAGAGAUCUACCGGUAUCAAAACCGGUGGAAAAGCAUUAAAUUCAGUCAAAGAAUACAUCAAAGAUAUCAGUGAACAAGAGAAUUUGAAAUUGGAAUAUAAUGAAAUUAAUGAAAUUGUGGAAAUAUGUGAAGGUGAUAUCAGAGCUUGUAUAAAUCACUUGCAAUUCAACGGAAGAAAAUUAGAAAAUUAUGUAAGCUCUUCCCCUAAAAUAAAUAAAGAUUUACAAUUGUCAUGGUUCAAAUUGACUGACAUGUUGUUCAAAAGGGACCCCCAAUUGAAUAAGGAGCAAGAUUUUGACAACUUGAUGGAAAUUUUACUAUCUGGAGGAGGAAAAUCAAUCAAUAGUUCGAGCGGAACGCUAGAUAAAGUGAUAAGAGGAUGUUUCAAUAGAUAUUUGGACACAGUUUAUUAUCAAGAUGAUUCCUUAGUAAAACCAUGUGAGUUGAGUGAAUGGUUAAAUUUCUACGACAUCAUCGGUACAAGCAAUGAGAUCCCACAAUAUUCUAAUUUGAUUUUAUUGAAAUUUUGGCAAUUAUUUAGUGAAAUCAACCCCAAAAAAAUCGUAAAGAGCUUGUUACCCGACAUCAAGAACAUUGAAUUCGAAAGUAACGAAAUGAAAAAGCAAAAUAAAGCAUUAGUAAAGAAACUCAUAACAAAUAUUCCAAUUUCAUUGAAAGUCAGUCUUGGGGGAGGUUUCGAAGAUAACCAAUCAAUGGGAUUGUUUGUAUUGCCAUUUUUAUAUAAGAUAUUAUUUCCUGAAUUGGCAUCAAGUGGAAGUAGUAAUUCCCUUCAAGUUAAACUGAAAAAUAAUUUGAACGAUUUCGACAAAUUAUGUCUUGAAAAAUCCGCCAGUCUUUUCAAAAGUUUACAAAUAGAAUUCGAAACUUUCAAGGACAAUGAGACCAAUCAAUUGCUUUUAGAGAUCAAUCCUAACCUUGAUUCGUUGGUAUUUUAUGAUAAUGAUAUUUUAACGUUCAACCCAAAACAAAUUCAACUUAAAAGAAAAUGGUUUUUCCCUAUGUUACAAACCGAAUUCGAUCGUAUCACUAUUCAAAGUAAAACCGUCAAAAGAUCAAUCACUCCAGAGACCAAGAAUCAAUCAAAGAAGACUAAAAUCUCCAGUAGUGUAGAGUUCUUCAAAGGUCAAUAUGACGGUAUUUCUACACAAAUUCAAAAACCUAAAGAAGUGGAUGAAACCAGUAGAAUAUGGGUCAAAUAUAACGAAGGAUAUUCCAAUGCAGUUCGUAAAACUAUUGGUUGGAAGGAUUUAUGGAUUUCUUGA